GACGUAUAAUGGUUGGCUUCUCUCUUAUUAAGUACUUCCACUUUAUUUUAGCUUUUCAUGUUACAAUCUGCAAUUAUUCUGACCCAACUUCUCUCCCAAGUUCAAAUCAUGACCGAGUCCUGGAGAAUUUUCACACGCGCACUCCCUCCCGACUGAAUACAUAAUCUACGACUUAAUUGAGUCCCGUUUCAGCCUAUCGGUCUCCCUACUCAAACCACAGCUUAUAUAAUCACUUGUUUAGCUCUUCUUAUUACAAUCUCCAAUUUCUUCUCAUCAAACCCAACCUUCCUUCCAAGUUCGAAUCAUGGCUUUCUACAACUUCAAAAUCAAACACCUCCAAUUUCCAAAGCUCCUAAUCCUCUUUUAUCUCUUAUUAAUGUUCGCCAGUUUGUUCUCACCACUACGCCCAUUUACAAGUGCUUUAUCCUUCAACUUCCCAAGAUUCGAUUCUGAUUUUUGUAAGCGUGGCUCCCCUCUAAUAUGUGACACAGCUUUUAUUUCCAACCAAGCCAUCCAACUUACCAGUUCAGUCAUGGAUGCAAUAGCUCAAGCCACGUAUUUCCGUCCUAUGCACAUGUGGGACAAGGCAUCCGGAAACCUCACAGAUUUCACUACCAAUUUUUCGUUUGUAAUUGAUUCUCAAAAUAGUGCUAGUUAUGGAGAUGGGCUUGCGUUCUUCCUAGCCCCAUAUGGUCGCUAUAUGGGUCUCACCAGAUAUAACGAGACAUUAAACUCAACAAACAACCCUUUUGUCGCGGUGGAGUUUGACAUCUUUUCAAACGUUGACAGAAUUACAAAGCUAUGGGAUCCGCCUGGCGUACAUGUAGGUAUUGAUAUAAACUCCAUGAAAUCUGUUGCUAAUGUCUCAUGGUCGGGGGGUAAUAUUUCUAUUAUGGAAGGGAGAGUUAACGAAGCUCGGAUUACUUAUAAUUCUAGUUCUCAUAAUUUGAGCGUUCUCUUCACUGGUCUCAGAAACAAUGCUAUUGUAUGGCAGUCCCUUUCUUAUAAUAUUGAUUUGAGAAAUCACCUAUCUGAAUUGGUAACUUUUGGAUUCUCAGCCUUAACAGGAGGUUCUACUGCAAAGCAUAGCAUUCACACAUGGAAUUUUACUUCAAAUUUGGUAGGCAGUCCGAGUCCCAAUCCAAGUCCGAAUCCGGCCCCCAAUCAAAGGAAAAACAACAUGUUAGGAUUAGCGGUGGGUUUGGGUGUUGGUGGAUCUCUUUUGUUUGGUGGGUUUGCUUUAAUUCUAUUGGGCUUGUGUAAGAGGAAUAAAAGUUAUACAGAAGAGGAUCUUGCCUUUGACAGGUGCAUGGAUGAUGAAUUUCAAAGGGAAACAGGACCAAAGAGGUUCUCAUUUAAAGAAUUGGCUCAUGCCACCAAUAAUUUCAAUGAUGAAGAGAAGCUGGGUCAGGGUGGAUUUGGUGGGGUUUAUAGAGGAUUUUUAAGGGGCUCAAACUCCUUCGUUGCUGUUAAGAGGGUGUCAAAAGGGUCAAAACAGGGGAUAAAGGAGUAUGCAUCAGAAGUAAAAAUCAUAAGUCUAUUGAGACAUAGGAAUUUGGUGCAACUGAUUGGCUGGUGCCAUGAAAGAGGAGAACUCUUACUCAUCUAUGAGUUCAUGCCCAAUGGAAGCUUAGAUUCACAUCUUUUUACAGAAGAAAGCUUAUUGAUAUGGGAAACAAGGUACAAAGUUGCUCAAGGAUUGGCGUCAGCGUUGCUUUACUUGCACGAGGAAUGGGAACAAUGCGUGGUGCACAGGGAUAUAAAAUCGAGCAACAUUAUGCUUGAUUCAAACUUUAAUGCUAAGCUUGGAGAUUUUGGGCUAGCUAGGCUUGUGGACCAUGUGAAGGGGUCACAAACCACUGUUUUGGCAGGCACCAUGGGCUACAUGGCUCCUGAAUGUGUCACAACCGGUAAUGCUAGCAAGGAGUCAGAUGUCUAUAGUUUUGGAAUUGUCGCUUUAGAGAUUGCUUGCGGAAGAAAACCAAUCAAGACCAUUGCCCCUCAAGAUCAAGUAGUCUUGGUGGAGUGGGUUUGGCAGCUCUAUGGAAUAGGAAAGGUAAUUGAAGCAGCUGACCCAAGGCUGGAUGGAGAUUUUGAUGAGCAGCAAAUGGAGCGUUUGAUGAUUGUUGGGCUUUGGUGCGCUCACCCUGAUCGAAACCUUAGGCCUUCAAUAAGGGAAACAAUUCAUGUUCUCAAUUUUGAGACUACAUUGCCUAUUCUCCCAUUAACUAUGCCGGGGCCAACACAUCCUGCUCUACCAGUGAAUAGACAUGCAAUGUCACUCUCUAUUCCUAAUGUUUCUACUAACUAUGUGGAAGGACGGUAGCCAUAUUUAAGCAAUAGUCACACCAAUUAUUCAUUGUCUACCUCAUACGAUGUAGCUCCUCCAUCCUUGUCACUUUUGCAUACGUGCUAAAUUGGUAAGAAGUACACUUAACUUGAGAUUCUUAUUGUUUGAUUAA